CUACUCUUAGUCUACUUAAACAUAAUAACUCAGACAUUUCCUGUUCUGUACACCGUUCAUUACAUAAUAUUAUUAAAGGUGGAUCCCGCCCUCUUGACUCCAUUAUCCCCUUCAAUGAGCUGGAACAGAAUCAUAUGAUCCUUCAGAAGUUCAACUUAAUAUACUUAGAUCAAUUUUUGGAUGAAGAAGACACACAACUGUUGGAUUAG